GGAUUUAAAACCGUUAAUUAAAUUGGUAAUUUAAUCGAAUUCUCGUGAGAACCCCGUUUCAAUAGAGUAGAAAAGCAGGAGUAAUAUAAACGAGUUUGCAAAGUUUGAUUGUCAAUUUGCAUUAAUAAACAUUGUCACAAGCGGUAUGAGUACUAAACCGUUUAAAAAUGGUAGAGGCGUCGAUAAACCUUUCUGUUCUCCGUUUACCACUCCUCAUCGGAACGACGACGAUAAAGGAAUUCUGAUAGAUGCUCCACGAGCGAGUAAAUCCGAACCAUUGAAAAGUUUGUCGAUGAAAAGACUAUUUGAAGAAACACCGCCGCGUAAAAGAUCGCGAUCGAGUACAGAAAAUGACAACGACGAUCGGAUCUCUGAAGAAAAAAAUAAAGUGUUGUAUCGAUCCGAUUUAGAAUCGUUGAAAGAAAGGAUACGAGAGAAAGAGGUGUCUCUCGCCGCUCUAAAGACCAGUCUGUUGUACAGAAAAAAGGUGAGAGAAACGAUUGAACGUGACGUGUUGUUUAUAGAAAUUAUUUUUCGACAGAACGAGGACUUGGAGGGUGCUAUAGAAAAAUGGAUAGGAGGUUGCCAAGCGGCCCUUCAGGAUUAUCAAGAGCAUCUGAGAGAACGCAACGGCCAGAAUGUGUCCAUGUCUGACAUUUUAUCUUUCUUUGACAUUACUCCCGACAAAGUUUGUUACUCCGUCGACGAUGAUACGUUUUCACCACGGAAAUGUUGAUGGUACAUUUAUUAUGAUAUUUAAGACACACGAUUGAAGUAAAAACUAAAAGUACUCCACUA